GAUGAAGAUGGCGCAGCACCGGCGCUGAAGAGGUUCCCCGUUCACCCCGUCAAAUCACGGAAAAUCGCGUCGAGUACGCGUAAAAGAGCGCCGCGCGCGCACGCGACUCGAGAAACGCUCAAGGUUAGCUUGUCCUCUUCUUGUUUGUUGGAUUCCGGCGGCAAAUCACGACUGACCGAGUCGGUGAAAUAAAUACACGAGCGUCUCCAUCCUCAGAUGCUGCUGCGCCGCCGCAUCCAUAGCGCGAGAUCCCAGGCGCGCGCGGAGCUGACGCGUGAAGCACGUCUGUGUGAUGAGACACACGGCUGUGAGACAAACACGUCUGACCGUCUGCUUCAACUUUAAUUCAUGUGUCACCGUACAUGACAUUUAACCGAAACUCUUCUAAUACCUUGGUUAUUUUACCGGGAUCAUGUGGACACCGACCGAGGACGAGAAAAUCGGCGUGGUGGUCUGUAGUGUCCGGGGAUCUGUGUCACAUGGUCUGACUCUAGAGCUUGGGGAAACGGUUCAUAUCCUGGAAAAGUGUGAAGGAUGGUACCGAGGAUUUUCCACCAAGAAACCCACAAUCAAGGGGAUCUUCCCAGCCGGCUACGUUCACUUGAAGAAGGCAGUCGUCACGAACAGGGGGCAAUAUGAGACAGUGGUCCCGCUGGAGGACCCCAUCAUUACGGAGGUCACCUCUACGCUGCAGGAGUGGUCCGUCCUGUGGAAGCAGCUGUAUGUGAAGCAUAAAGUCGACCUCUUUUACAAGCUCCGUCACGUGAUGAACGAGUUGAUUGAUCUGAGACGACAACUGCUUUCAGGCCACCUGACCCAGGAUCAAGUCCGUGAAGUCAAACGCCACAUCACUGUACGACUGGACUGGGGCAAUGAACACUUAGGCUUAGAUCUUGUACCCAGGAAGGAGUUCGAAAUGGUCGAUGCGGACCAGAUCAGUGUUUCUGAUCUCUAUAAAAUGCACCUAUCCAGCAGACACAGCGUCCAGCAAAGCACAUCCCAGGAUGGCGGAAGACAAAGACACGGGGAUUCGUGCCGAAUGCCUGUGCCGCACCAUCUCUUUGUCAACCUAAAGAGCUUCACAUACAACACCAUCGGCGAGGACACAGACAUCUUCUUCUCUUUGUAUGACCUGAGAGAAGGCAAGCAAAUCAGUGAGAAGUUUAUGGUGAAACUCAACAAAAAUGGUGGCCCAAAAAACCCAGAGAAGGUGGACCGUCUCUGCGCCCUCUUUACGGACUUAAGCAACAAGGACAUGAAGAGAGAUCUGUACAUUGUGUCCCAGGUCAUCAGGACGGGGCGGAUGUUGUUAAACGACUCAAAGAAAGGCCCCCCUCAUGUCCAGUACCGCCGGCCGUACGGAUGCGCAGUGCUGGCCAUGAGCGACGUCCUACAGACCAUCUCUGAACUCAAAGAGGAGAAAGACUUCGUGCUCAAAGUUUACACGUGUAAUAAUGAAACUGAGUGGUACCAGAUUCAUGAGAACAUUAUCCGCAAGUCCAGCACCAAAUACACCGCCCCCAGCACUAACUACGGUCUAAUCAUCUCACUGCAGCUGUUGAGGGGCGACAUGGAGCAAGUGCGCAAGGAAAACCCUAUCAUAUUCAACCGCGGCGUGGCCAUCACACGCAAACUGGGCUUCCCUGAUGUGAUCAUGCCAGGCGACAUACGCAACGACCUCUACCUCACGCUGGAGAGAGGAGACUUUGAGAGAGGAGGCAAGAGCGUUCAGAAGAACAUCGAGGUCACCAUGUAUGUGCUCUACGCUGACGGAGAGAUCCUCAAAGAGUGCAUUAGUCUGGGCUCAGGAGAACACAACAUCAGCGAGUACCGCUCUUUCGUCCUCUACCACAACAACAGUCCGCGCUGGAGCGAGGUCAUCAAACUGCCCAUCCCCAUCGACCGCUUCCGAGGCUCCCAUCUCCGCUUUGAGUUCAGACACUGCUCAACAAAGGACAAAGGAGAAAAGAAGCUUUUCGGCUUUGCUUUCACUCCACUCAUGAGGGAAGACGGCACCACGCUGUCAGAUGAGAGCCAUGAGCUUUACAUCUACAAGUGUGAUGAAAACACCACCUUCAGUAACCACGCGCUGUACCUGGGGCUGCCCUGCUGUAAAGACGACUUCAACGGCUGCCCGAACAUCCCGUCCAGCCUCAUCUUCCAGCGCAGCACUAAGGAAACCCUCUGGAUAUCCACUCAGCUCUCUUCCACCAAACUGACUCAGAAUGUCGAUCUGCUGGCUUUGUUGAAGUGGAAAGCACAUCCAGACCGUGUAAUGGACAUUUUAGGGAGAUUGCGGCAUGUCUGUGGGGAAGAAAUAGUCAAAUUUCUUCAAGACAUCCUCGACACGCUGUUCUCCAUUCUGGAUGACAACACAGACAAAUACGGACCCCUGGUGUUUCAGUCACUGGUGUUCAUCAUCAAUCUGCUCCGGGAUAGUAAGUUUUAUCACUUCCGGCCUGUGAUGGACACCUACAUCCAGAAGCAUUUUGCAGGAGCGCUGGCUUAUAAAGAGUUGAUUCGCUGUCUGAAGUGGUAUAUGGAUCGAUCAGCAGAAGUUGUUAGACAGGACCACAUCCAGGAAGCCAUGAGGGCUCUAGAGUACCUGUUUAAAUUCAUCGUCCAGUCACGGAUCCUCUACUCCCGGGCCACCUGUGGGAUGGAGGAGGACCAAUUUCGGGCCAGCAUCCAGGAGCUUUUCCAAUCCAUCCGUUUCGUGCUCAGUCUGGACAGCCGCAGCUCUGAGACACUCAUUUUCACCCAGGCUGCCCUACUCAACUCUUUCCCAGCUAUUUUUGACGAGCUUCUCCAGAUGUUCACAGUACAGGAAGUGGCAGAGUUUGUGAGAGGAACUCUGGGUAGCAUGCCUAGUACGGUCCACAUCGGUCAGUCCAUGGAUGUGGUCAAGCUGCAGUCCAUUGCUCGGACUGUGGAUAGCAGGCUUUUCUCCUUCCCAGAAUCAAGGAGAAUUCUCCUUCCUGUUGUUCUCCAUCACAUUCAUCUGCAUCUGCGGCAACAGAAGGAGCUUCUGAUUUGCUCGGGAAUCCUGAGCAGCAUUUUCUCCAUUAUUAAGAGCAGCUCACUGGAGAGCUCUGUGCAGGAGGAGGUAGAGAUGAUGGUGGAGAGUUUGUUGGAUGUGUUGUUGCAGACGCUUUUGGCCAUCAUGAGUAAAUCUCAGUCUCAGGAGGCGGUAAGAGGGCAGCGCUGUCCACAGUGCACGGCUGAGAUCACUGGGGAGUAUGUGUCCUGUUUGUUGUCCCUCUUGCGUCAGAUGUCGGACAUUCAUUUUCAACACCUAAUGGACAACUUCCAAAGCAAAGAGGAGCUAAAGGAGUUCUUGCUGAAGAUUUUCUGUGUAUUCAGAAACCUGAUGAAGCUCAGUAUAUUCCCACGUGACUGGAACGUCAUGAGACUGCUGACCAGCAAUAUCAUUGUGAGCACAACUCAGUAUUUGUCGCCUGCCCUUCAUAAAAGUUUUACAGAUGCUGACUUUGAUUUUAAGGUGUGGAAUUCGUACUUCAGUCUGGCAGUGUUGUUUAUCAACCAGCCCAGUCUACAGCUGGAGACUCUGACACCAGUCAAGCGGAAGAAGGUCUUUGACAAGUAUGGUGAUAUGAGGGUCAUGAUGGCUUAUGAACUGUUUAGCAUGUGGCAGAACUUGGGUGAGAACAAGAUCCACUUCAUACCAGGAAUGAUUGGCCCUUUUCUGGGUGUGACGCUUGUACCACAAAAUGAAGUUCGAAAUAUAAUGAUCCCCAUCUUCCAUGAUAUGAUGGACUGGGAACAGAGAAAGAACGGCAACUUCAAACAGGUGGAGGCAGAACUGAUAGACAAACUGGACAGUCUGGUGUCUGAAGGCAAAGGAGACGAGAAUUACAGAGAACUCUUCAGUUUGCUAACUCAGCUGUUUGGGCCAUACCCCAGUCUGCUGGAGAAGAUCGAGCAGGAGACCUGGAGGGAGACAGGCGUGUCUUUCGUCACAUCUGUCACGCGCCUCAUGGAGAGACUGCUGGACUACAGAGAUUGCAUGAAAGGUGAUGAGACAGAAAACAAGAAGAUCGGUUGCACUGUUAACCUGCUGAAUUUCUACAAGUCGGAGAUUAAUAAGGAGGAGAUGUACAUCAGAUACAUUCACAAGCUGUGCGACAUGCACCUGCAGGCUGAAAACUACACAGAGGCGGCGUUUACGCUCCUGCUGUACUGGGAGCUGCUCCACUGGGAGGAAAGGCCCCUCCGGGAGUUCCUGCACUAUCCUGCGCAGAGCGAAUGGCAUCGCAAAGAGGGGCUCUGUCGUAAGGUCAUCCACUACUUCAACAAGGGAAAGUGUUGGGAGUACGGCAUCCCGCUGUGCCGGGAACUAGCCUUCCAGUACGAGUCCCUGUACGAUUAUCAGAGUCUCAGCUGGAUACGGAAAAUGGAGGCAGCAUAUUAUGACAACAUCAUGGAGCAGCAGCGACUAGAGCCGGAGUUCUUCAGGGUGGGAUUUUAUGGCCGGAAGUUUCCCUUCUUCCUCAGGAAUAAGGAGUUUGUCUGUCGAGGGCAUGACUAUGAGAGACUCGAAGCCUUUCAGCAAAGGAUGCUGGGAGAAUUUCCACAAGCGAUCGCCAUGCAGCACCCAAAUCAACCAGAUGAGGGGAUUUUACAGGGAGAUGCCCAGUACCUCCAGAUCUACGCUGUGACUCCAGUUUCAGAAAACAUGGAUGUGCUGCAGAUGGACCGCGUGCCGGACCGCAUCAAGAGCUUCUACAGAGUCAAUAAUGUCCGCCGCUUCCGCUACGACCGGCCCUUCCACAAGGGCCUGAAAGACAAGGACAACGAAUUUAAGAGUCUCUGGAUCGAGCGGACAACACUCAUCCUGACCCACCCUCUGCCCGGCAUCUCUCGCUGGUUUGAGGUGGAUAAGCGUGAGCUGAUUGAGGUUAGUCCGCUGGAGAACGCCAUAUAUGUGGUGGAGAACAAGAACCAGGAGCUGCGCACCCUGAUCAGUCAGUACCAGCACAAGCAGCUUCACGGAAACAUCAACCUGCUCAGCAUGUGCCUCAACGGGGUGAUCGACGCCGCCGUCAACGGAGGAAUCGCUAGAUACCAGGAAGCGUUCUUCGAUAAAGAGUACAUUAGCAGUCACCCGGAGGAUACAGAGAAGAUCACCCAACUUAAGGAUCUGAUGCAGGAACAGGUUCAUGUCCUCGGCGUGGGUCUGGCUGUCCACGAGAAACUGGUGCAUCCAGAAAUGCGUCCCCUGCACAAGAAGCUGAUCGAUCAGUUCCAGAUGAUGAGGAGCAGCCUCUGUCAUUGUUUCUAUGUGGCCCUGCAGGGUCUGCCCGGUCUGGAUAAAUUGAGUCCGGCCUGCUCAGGGUCCAGCACCCCACGCAGCAUCCUCGCCACCCAGAGUCCCAUGAGUCCUGAGAGUAUUAAGCUCAUGCACCGGCACAGCCCUCUGAAUGUGUUGGGAUCUGUCCGCCACUCCUCCUCUUCUCUCUCCUCUCACACUUCCAGUGAGAUGGGAAACCUGCUCAUCCUGACGGACGGUAUGAUGGAGCACCCGGAGGACCUCUACCGCAUGCAGCCCAGUCCAUCAUCGUCCAGUUUGAGUUCGACGCAUUCAGCUCCGUCUCAGAUGAUCAACUCAGGGCACGGCAGCAUCAGGGUUGGGUCCCCAUCACUACCUGACAGAUACAGACACAGCCGAGAGAUGCUAAUGCUCUUACCGCCGCACAGGGACCGUCCCAGCAGUGCCAUGUACCCCAACAUGACCGAGAACGGACAGCCUACUAACCAUCAGAGGGCUCUUUACCAUCAGGUCAUUGGUCCCUGCAAACCCUGCAGUGACCCCAAUCUCUCUGUGGCUGAUAAAGUGUUGACAGCUCCCAGCAGCUGGAGUUUGGACAGUGGCACCAGGGACACUCUGCUGUUCCUCUCUGCUCAUGUCGGGAGUGUGAUGGCCCCACCAGUUCCCCCCCGCACCCUCCCUCCCGGACACUUCUCGAUGCACUUUGAUGCUUUCCACCACCAGAUCAACGAACUCCCUCCAGCUCUCCCUGCGCGCUCUUUAAGAAAGUCACCCCUGCACCCUAUACCUGCCUCACCCACCAGUCCACAGUCGGGCCUGGAUGGCAGUAACUCCACCUUGUCUGGCAGCGCCAGCAGUGGCGUCUCCUCUUUGAGUGAGAGCAACUUUGCCCAGUCCUCCUCUGAGCCUCCAGCUCGAGCUGACACCUUGGACUCAAUGCCGAGCAGCCAGGCCUGGACCACGGACACGGAGGAAGCCGAGAGUCCCUACUUCCCUGUACGCUACAGCAUCUCAGAGCCUGAAGUUCUGGACCCUCUCAAGCCCGCUCCUUGCCGUAGUCACUCAGCCCCAUUGGGCGUAACCCCAGGGAUGCCCACUGACGGACACCACCAUCAUCACCUCCAUCUCCGCCAUCACCACCCACAUGCAAUACACAUAACCCACCCACACUACCACCACCAUGAGCCAGCACCAGCUCUGCCUCCCAAACCUUACCUGAGGGAAGGGUGUAUUCCUGAAGAGGACCUGAGGCCGGUUCCAAGGCCAGUGCCCCGCAAGAUCUCCCAGCCUCUGCUCACUAACAAGGACGAGCAGGCCAAGGUGGCCUGGGAACAUGGCAUUAGUGAAGAAUAGAUGAAUAACAAGGUUCACCUUGGACUGUUGGUUUUGGUGUGAUAGGUGGUUGGGUUUUGGGAAAGUCCCAAGAAAGGACUGGGUUUGAAACUCUACAUCUCAUGUAUCCAUUGCAGGUCUUUGAAACCUCUCAAGAAGUGCUUGACAUGUUGCUGAGCUUCUACGUGCUAGUGAGACUUUUUGUUUUUUGCCUAGCAAUUGGGAGUUACCCAGGAAUCUGGGAGUUCAAACUGCUUGUAGAGCCCAAGCUACUUCCCCUCAUUAGUAUCAGUACAUUGAUUGGAUAAUGCAGAUAUGGUAGGAAUUUCAGAUGAAACAGGAAGCACAUGAUCAGAUUCAGGUGUACUAGAUCCGAACGUUUUAUGUCUUCAGAGAUAGAUACACCUCUUGUCAAGGUCUACAGCUUGUAAACACUUUAUAGUCAUAAUUACAAUAGCUUUGAUUGACAUCAUACACCUUAAAAAAGAGUUGAUAAACCUUUCCAAUAGACGUAAUUCAGUUCUGGUGGGUUUGCACUUUAGCACUUAACCUCGGAGCACCACAAACCUUAUUAGUUUUGUCUAUUUUUAUUAAAUUAUUUACAAGAUAAUGUAGAAAGUGGUCAAAAGUGGAUCCUUAGUGGCUAAAAUUGAAAAAGUUAACUUUUGAAGCCCACAUAAGUGUGGAUUUCAGGUGAUCUCUGAGGACGUUUAAAGCUAUCAUCAUUGACUAAGCAUUUCUUCAUUUCUUCUGACAAGAUACUUCCCAAUCCAAUUAUUAACACAGGAGUUGAUAUAACAUGCUAACACUUCAUUACAGACAUAAAAACAUUUAACAGAACGUCUGUUACCUCCUGCACAGUUGUGGGAAGCUUCUUCUCACAGAGAAUCUGCACUAAUGUGACAGUAAGAGGCUUUCACAAUCUUUGUAAAGCCUCAUUACACCCACAAUAUUGUCGUGCUGUGAAAGCAAAUCAGCCACUCUGAGCGCUACUGUAACGCUAAUAACACAACAGCCAAAGUGCUGUUAAAUCAUAGCCAUUUCACAGAUCUCUCCUCACAGUAAAGCGGCUUUUGGUCUCAGUAGGUUCCUUUGGGAAUUGAUUUCUGUUCCUCCAAGUUGACAGUUUUCAUAAAGAAGUAUAUUUUUAGAUAGAGCUGUUAUAAAAUUCCAAGAGUUUAAUAUAAUUGUAUUGUAUAAAAAAUACAAAAAGAGAGUUAGAAUAAAUACAGCGUAGAUUAUAUCAUAUACUAUAUUGCUAUGAAAGAUUAUAUCACACAUUUUUAAAGGCGCAAAGGAGGCAAGAUUCAUGAGUGUGUUUUAUGUUGUGAGUUGAGUGAGUCUUUCAGCUUUUGAUAGAUGCAAAUUCGGUAUCUGAUGGUGUUUCCAUAUUAACUUCUGACGACUUGAAAGUAUGUGUUAUUUAAAAAGCUGAUUUUAAUGUACAAUGUGCAUGUUCUCUUCAAUGGUGGAGAUAAUAUUACCCUACAUCACUUGAAGGGAGGGUCUGGAAGAGAUAUUGCUUGUACUGUAUAUCUACACAUCAUCAUCCACAGCAUUAUUAUCUAGCAUUUAAUGUCUUCUGCAAAUGUUAAUUAUAUCUGCUUUAAGCAACACACUACAUAUUGAUUGGCAGAAAUCAUAAAUCAUAAAUCUGCCAGCCAAUUUUAAUUAAAUUUUCCAAAGGAAAGCAAGAAAAUGCAUCCAAUAGAGCGACAAGUAUAAAAUAUAUACUGUUAAUGUUAAUCUUAGUUUGUCAGUCGGUCUGUGUCAUGCUGACUAGACCCGCCCACAGUGCAAUCUCACUGGUCCAAAUUCCUGCUCCAAAAAAGGGAUUUAUUGUGAUUGGUUGAGACUGCAUUGGACUUUUUUUAUUUAAUUUUUUUUUACCUGGUUAGGCAUAUAUUUUAUUGAAUUAUAAUUUAAAAUUAACUGAUUUUUUUUAAUUAUUACUUUUAUGGGUAUUGUGCCGUUUCAUUUCAUAAGCCCUACUCAAAUGUACGAUGUGGUUUAAUUUGAUUUUAUAUCACUUAAGGAAAUAUGUUAUGGGUUUGAAAAGUACUUUUUUUUUUGUUUGUUAAAUGUUCUGGAAUAGAAACACAAAAGUAUAUACUUAAGGCUGCUUUUAGUAUAAAAUGUACUUCAACCCCAAUCCUUGAAGAAUAUUAAAAGCAAGAGGCAAGUUUUAGGCAAGCCGGCAUUUUGUGUGCUUUUGUAAAAUCAAGACUGUACUGUUCAUGGCAGGAUAUGUUCAGAGAGAAAUGCAUGUUAUCUUAAAAGCAAUGACUGAUAGUUCAUCACUAAAGGCCUUUUUAUGGUCAGAGAGAGCAAAUACGUGCAAAUGUUUUGAUAGAGGACCUUCUUUAAAUGUGGGAAUCUCUCAUUCAUUACAUUAAUAAUAUUCCUGUCUUUUUCAUAGUCAGACAUAAACUGCAAUUGUAUCUCUAUUCAGUCUAUUAAUUUGUAUGCACUUCCUCCUGAAGUAAAACUUAGAUAACUGGUGAUGCAUUUGUAGAUUAUAAUUUUUUUUAUUAUUAUUAUUAUAUAAUUUUUACUUAAUUAUAAAAUGAUGAAGUAAGAGUGUUAUGUCUCCACUGACAUAGAAAUGGUUUAAAUGAUGAAUUCUUGAUUAUUUUUUAUAUUAACCUAAAUAUUUUAAGGUUAAUUGAGACAAUAUAAACCAUUUUUUUACACAUUAAAUAUUCAGUGAUCAGGGAAGGAACUGUAAUCUAUGCAAAGAUCGAGUGUUAUAAGAAAGUGUAUAAGUGAUGGCCCAUUCUUUCAAAAUAAGCACUGAUAAACUAAAAAGCAUUAAUAUUUAUUGUUUUGAGCAUUUAUAAUAACGGCUUUCUAAAUAUUUUGCAUGUAAAUACGGACUGAUGGAUACUGUGUGUCUUGUAAUCAUUCACCAACACAAUUUUGCUUGCAUAUCCAAGCAAAAAAAAAACUAAACAAAAAAAAAAAAGUUCAAACGUAUUAUAAUCACAAUUCAUCUAAUGAAAGGUACUCAUUCGGCACAAGUAAUCAUGUACAGAACAAGUGUACAUAUUUUACAUGUUUGAUAACUCCAUGGAGGCAAACUGACAGUUUUGGAUUCAGAGUUUCAGACUGAGGGUGACAUUUUUUUUUUUUUUUACAUGACGAGGUUGCCCUGAUCAGCAUCUAUAAUUCAAUACCAGAUUAAUACUUCUGAUCAUGUAUACAGCGAGAAGUGUGAAUUGCAAAUUAAGUAUUGGGUUUGAUUUCCUGUAUUUUGCUGAAAGGAUUGAUCAUCAUUUACUGUAAAAGGAACAUUGCUGGUAAUCUAAGAUGAAAUGAGUGAGCAAAGGGGAAACUUUUUUUUGUCUCUGUACAUUUGGAAAAACAGAGUAAAGAGGGGUACUAAACACUGGUCUGCAUUACAGUUCGUAUUACACCAUGUUUGGCUUUAUUUCGUGUAUAUACUCCUUCAAAAGCUUUGUAUUUAUAUGGUCAAGAGGGACAAAUCAUGUAUAGACUGAGAUUAAUGGUCUGCCUUGUACUUUCUGAUGUAAAUGUGUUUUUAAAACUAAACUGCGAACAUGAAAAGAAAAAAAAAAAUCUUUCAAUGGCCUAAUCACUACAGUUAUUUUGUGUAUUUUGCAUUGAAAUCUAAAGAGCGUUUUUGUUUUACCAUGCAGAACUACAAAAACCUUUGUACAAGUAUUCUCAAAGUAUUUUUUCUGUAUAUAUUGUGCUAGCAUGAAUAAAUGUGGUGUGGAUUUUAGAUGUAAAUACACACUUUUUUUUUUUUUUUCCUACUCACUUAACCGCUGUGACGUGUAAUUCAUUAAUAAUGCCUACUAUUAAAGAUCAAGUUUUAUCGA